UGUCCCGCCGGCAGAGGACGCAAAUACGUGGCUUUGGGGUGGGCUCAGAGAGGAAGAGGCUGCGGUUUCGUUUAGCGACGGCUAACUACAUAGCAGUGUUGACACGAAGUCCGCUCCGUGUAGUGUCUUACUAGUAUUAAAGUUUAACCAGACCGGUUCUUAAGUAUAGUCGUCCGCGUCUCCGCGCUACGCCAAGAUGAGCUUCUUGUUUGGCAGUCGCUCGUCCAAAACCUUCAAGCCCAAGAAGAACAUCCCAGAGGGCUCGCACCAGUACGAGCUGCUGAAACACGCCGAGGCCACGCUUGGCAGCGGGAACCUGCGGCAGGCCGUCAUGCUGCCGGAGGGGGAGGACCUUAACGAGUGGAUCGCGGUCAACACGGUGGAUUUUUUUAACCAGAUCAACAUGCUCUAUGGAACAAUCACAGAGUUCUGCAGUGAAACCAGCUGCUCUGUCAUGUCUGCUGGUCCUAGGUAUGAGUACCACUGGGCCGACGGCACCAACAUCAAGAAGCCCAUCAAGUGCUCGGCCCCGAAGUACAUCGACUACCUGAUGACCUGGGUCCAGGACCAGCUGGACGACGAGACCCUCUUCCCCUCCAAGAUCGGAGUCCCCUUCCCCAAGAACUUCAUGUCCGUUGCCAAGACGAUCCUGAAGCGUCUGUUCCGGGUUUACGCCCACAUCUACCACCAGCACUUCGACUCUGUGAUGCAGCUGCAGGAGGAGGCCCAUCUCAACACCUCCUUCAAGCAUUUCAUCUUCUUCGUCCAGGAGUUCAACCUUAUCGACCGGCGAGAGCUGGCUCCUCUUCAGGACCUGAUCGAGAAGCUGGGAUCCAAGGACAGAUGAACACACACACACACACACACACACACACACACACACACACACACACACACACACGUUUAAUACAUAACCGACUAGCUCUUCUGCGUCUCCCGCCUGGCGCUACCUCUGUGACGUCUCCUAUGAUCUCUGUGCCUUGGGCUUUUUUUUUUCAACCUUCUCGGCCUGUACCGUUGUAGUAUUGCCCCGUCUGUUCCUCUUUCAUCUCUUGAUGUCCCCUCGUCGCGGAACCUUUAAGAGAUAUUUCCAUGUGUGUUGAACCAGCAGAGUAUGGGGCUGUUCAUUAAGGAUAACUUGUGGCUCACUAAUUGGUAGGAGGGACACGCUCAUCUGUGCUUUGGACCAAGGGAAUCGGGAGGUUAAAUGAAAAGCAGCAUUCUUAUUUCAGGAAACGUUGGUGUGUAGAGUUAUAGUUUUCAAAACCAUUUCACCUACUAUGAUUUUGUUCUUUUUUUUUUUUACUUGAUAGUUAAACUAAUUAUGAUUUAUCAUUUUUAGAUUUAGCCAUUUGGGUGACCAAAUAAUCCAAUUGAAGAGUUUUAUAUAUUUGCUUGAGUAUUUUCGUCAUUAGUGAUAGGUAAAAAAAUUGUAUACAGGAGGUUUAAGAAACAAAUCAAACUGCUGUCUGAGAGGGCAGGAUACGACUCCCUCCCAGAGUGAGAUACAGUGGACCGUUUAUAAUUGUAAGGAGACAUGAAAAUGGAUAUAGCGUCAUUAGAUUCGUUUUUGGCUAUUUGAAUUUGGUCAUGCAAUAUUGAGUUUUUUGCACAUGUUUUUUUCUGCUUUAUUUUAUUUUUUACAAAGGGGUUAUUGAAAUAUAACAUUAUUGUAAUUAGACGGUCACUUUCUACGCCUUAGAACCACUUUCUAAAACACGGAAUGAUGAAUUAGAUUAAAAGAUGUCGCUGUCGCCAAGUUGCAAAAACAUGCUAACAAAAAAAAGAAGUAGCCUAGUGUUGUGUGAUGUCAUGUGAAUAUUUAGUUUACUGUCAUUUCAUUCAGUGACUUUCUGGGGUGCUGGUCAUUGAUGGUAUUCUGUCCCUACAAAUGCUGGAAAUGUAUGUAACCUUUUCUUUUUUAACACAAUCUCCCCUCAGGAAUUGAUCUAUUGAUUGUUCAAAAUGGCCGUUACACAUGCACACAACACAAACCUGUGGCGUAGAUUUAUGUCUGUCGUUGGUUCCCAAAGAUGUCUGUCAGUCCUGUCCCUCUCAAUGAUGUCUGAGAACAGCAGGUCUACUUGUGUGCCAUCUUGGCACAGACAAAUGCAAUUCCAAUUCCGCAAACACAUUGAAUGUUUUCUUUCCUUGGUUAAAGUUUGAGGGCGUUAUUCUGGGUACGGUUUAAGUCUCAACAAUAUAUUUGACAAUCAUGGGUCAUUUUACUAGUCAGGGAAUCUGAAUGUUUUCGUUCAAUUCUCAAGAGAUGAAACCAUGUGCCCCAAAAUGCAUAUUAUGGACCACAUUUUUUAAGAUGCAUGAUCCAAUUUGCAUUAAUUAAGAUAUUAACAGUAUUGGUGAUACUUUUUUCCAACUACAAAUCCUCUAUUGGAUUUUUACCCAUUUGUUCCCUCAUGUGAAAAUUGGUUCUGUGACAUUUCAUUUGAAAAUAUUUUUUGGCCGUCAGUCUUUGAAUUACAAAGAAUAAGGUCUUUCAGAUUUGAAAAAAAAUAUUUUAUAUAUCUACGUCGAUGGCAAUACCACUGGUUGGCAAUUUUGACUGAGAUGUGCUGAGUUUUGAACCGCAUCAAAUAUUUACUGUAAAUAUGAUCAGUGUUUUACCUGAACAAAACUGUGCCUUACCGUAAUGAAAAUGUCUGAAAUGACAGUAUUGAUAGUACAACCAAUAAACAUGGAAUGAAAUGGC